AUGAAGUUCUCAGUCGUUGUCGCGCCUCUAACGCUGCUCCUCAACGCCGUGGCCAUUUCCGCCCAGGGCACACAGGCCGUUCGCGCCGUCACUUGCAACAUCCGCUACGACGCAGGCUCUCGUGAGUCGGGCGAAAAGCCCUGGUGGGAUGCCUUCUGCUGGGCCUCUGCGUCUCGCUGCCGCCAGCCACACGUCAUCAACCAGCUGUCCCAGAUCGCGGCCGGCGCCCCCUCCGGCGCAGUCACUGUCAUCGGUCUGCAGGAGGUCCUCAACAAUCAGCUGAACGACAUCAAGAACGGGCUCGGAUCCGGCUGGUCGCACAUUGGCGUCGGGCGCGACGACGGCGGCACCAGCGGCGAGUUUUCGCCCAUCCUGUACCGGCCCGCUGCUCUCCGCGUGCUCUUCUCGGAGACAAAGUGGCUUUCCCCGACCCCGGACGUCGUGUCGUUCGGAUGGGGCGCCGGCUCCAGACGUGUCGUGACUCUCGCCGUCUUCGAGUCUGUCACCACCGGCAAGCGCUUCAUCCACGCCAACACGCACCUCGACAACGUGAGCGCCCAGGCCCGCAGCGAGGGCAUCCGCGUCGUCCUCGCCAGGGCCCAGGCCGCGCAGCUCGCUUGGGGCCCCAUUGGCGUCUCGAUCACGGGCGACUUCAACUCCCAGCCUGGCGGCGACGCUUAUCAGACGCUCCUCAACAGCGGGUACGCGCAAGAUCUCUACAACUUGGCGACACCGGCGCAGAGGAUUGGACCGUACGGAAAUACCUACACGACGUUUACUGCGGGCGCGCCCACGAGCCGCAUUGACUUUAUCUGGCUUGGCCCGGUGGCGGACAGAAGGUACUCUGUACAGCGAUACGAGAUCCUGAGCAAUGAGGCCAGCGGGAUGCUCUUCAGCGACCACAGGGCUGUCGUGGGAGAUAUCACGCUGCUUUGA